CACAUCCAAAUAAAAUCUGCGCUAGUCUGAAACGGCCGGCGGCCGCUAAGUCAGCUACCGACCCACGUGGUGACGCGCAACCGCGUUUCGCGAACAUAGACAUCUCCUCUCUCUCCUGCACGCCUCUUGCACCCCCACGAUGACAAUGGCGUCUGGCUCGGACGAUGAAGACCUUCAACGCGCCAUUGACAUGUCGUUGGCCCAGGAAAGGCCCGCACAAUGUUCAGACGCUGUUGAUCGGGCUGAUUCCAGCUACGAUGAAGACCUACGACGCGCCAUUGCGAUGUCAAUGGACGAAAUUAAUCCAGGCCAGACCUCUGGCGACCGGAAAGCUUCACCAACAUCGUCCAUCAUCCGAGGUGAGGAGUUCUCUUCCUCAGAGGGGUACGCCUCCAAAACCUCCAGCACAAGUCUUGCGCAACUCGCUCAGCGUACACCAGGCUCGCCACCGCUCUCUGGCUUGCUGGGGCUUGACCGAAGAGCAAUGGAGCAAGAACGUCUUGCGCGGCUUGGGAAGCGCAAACGCAGCACUUCACCCCAACACGCAAUCAAGAUGUCUACAGUGGCGUCCUCCUCCAAGACCACGACAGGCGAGCCAUUGCGCAGUUUCCACACCACUAACCACCUCCGACACUCGUCUCAACCUCAAUCGACAGGUAUUCAGUACCCGAACGGUGUCAUCAAACGCACGUGGGCCCACAAGCACCCGAGAUCCUCGAAUGAUAUCACGAUUUCUGAAGUCUUCCAGGCCCCUACAGCUGCACCAAACAUCGCCGUCCUAAGCAGCUUUCAGUGUGACGACAGAUGGGUGUUCAGCAGGUUGCCUCCAGAGUCCACCAAACAGAUCUGGAUCAUGAGUGCCAAAGGUGAAGAUGUUCAGGCCAAACUGCUGGCCGAGGCGACUGACUGUAGGAUACCCAACUUCAAGCUGCAUUUCCCGCCAAUGGAGGGCAAUGUGAGCAAUAUGCACAGCAAACUCAUGCUUCUGUUUCACGAUACGUAUCUGAGGGUGGUGGUGCCUACGGCGAAUAUGAUCAAAACUGACUGGGGCGAAACAAACGCCGAUGCGAACGGCGAGGCCUGGCAGGCAGGUGUCAUGGAAAACUCCAUGUUUCUGAUCGAUCUUCCUCGUAGACAUGAUGGGCAAGUGGGUAAGAAGGAGGAGUUGACGGCGUUCGGCAAGGAGCUGCUGGACUUCCUAGAGGCGUUGAAGGUCGGCAAGAAUGUCACCGACGGUGUGCUGAAGUUUGACUUUUCGGCGUCCAAGAACGUCGAGUUCGUCCAUUCAAUACCCGGCAGACAAACAGCACAAUUCUCCGACCACACCGGUCUCCCUGGCCUAGCCAAUGCUGUCCGCAGACUGGGUCUGCACGACCUUCGCAUCCUCGAAUUGGACUACGCAGCAUCCUCUCUUGGUGCCAUCAAACCGGCCUUUCUGAGCCAACUAUACACAUCCGCAAGUGGCCAGACAUCACAGUCACCAUCCUCAUCUGAAGACUUCAUGUCCCACAUCCGUAUAUAUUUCCCCACGCUCUCCACCGUCAAGGAGAGUACCGGUGGCCCCAACUGCGGCGGCAUCAUCACUCUUGCCCGCUCCUUCUACGAAGCACCCACUUUCCCGAAACAAUGCAUGAGAGACUACAAGUCGACGCGUUCCGGCCUGCUCUCACACAACAAACUUCUCUUCGCACGCGGACGCAAAAAGGACGGCACACCGGUCGCAUGGUGCUAUGUCGGCUCAGCGAAUUUGAGCGAAGCUGCCUGGGGUAGUCGGAGCCUGCUCAAGAAUGGGAGUUGGGGCAAGAUGAACAUAAGGAAUUGGGAGUGUGGGGUCAUUGUUCCCGUGCCGGCGGGAGUGCUCGGGAAAUUGGAGUUGAAAGAUGGGGAGGUGCCGUCUAUGAGCGUUUUUGAGGGGACCGUGGAGGUGCCGUUUGUGUAUCCUGGGGAGGAGUAUGGGAGGAAAGUACCUUGGUACUAUAGGGAGCAUAUGCCUCCAGAGUGACGCGAGCUUGCAUACAUUUCCUUGGGAUUGGAGUUGGAUUCUGCUGCGGAUAUCAGCGAGCUGCGCCGGGAACGUUUGGGCGUUUGCAUAGGAUCGGAUCUCUGCUUGGCUUAAGUUCCGUUUACGAGGCUCGGGCGUUACUCACAGGAAGAGGGGGGGUCGGCAAAAGUCUUGGAUACUCCAUCGUCCGUUAAGGUGGAUCAGAGAAUUAUCAUGGAGACGGCAAGUUGGAGCUUUGACACUUCAAUCUUGUCUGCGCCCCAAACUGAAACGCAAUUGUGCGUUUCUACGCUUUUGGCACAGAGAGCAGGUAAGUAAUGGAAUGGAGCCCGCACCUGACCAAUGCAU